UAACGUUACAACAACACCCCGAGCCUGCGUGAUGCUCGUCUCUACCGUUCAGCCGACCUGUUCAGCCGCUUGAAGAAGGGCUUAUCUAAUAGCCGGCGCAGACCUUCAUGCUGAAAGUUCAAAGGUUGUGAGGGUGGUGCCUGAUGGAUCAUGGUGGUCAGCUUGAGCAGGAGGGCAGAGUAAUGUCACAAGUUCAGGUGGGCGGGGCUGACCUCUGUGAUAACCUUCCCAAUCCUGACGCUCUCACUGCCCAAACCCGAAAUCUCAACGAGACUAACACGCUCUCCCAGACUCAAAGCCUCUCUCCUUCACAAAAGGAAGAGGGAGGAGGGCUCUUCCAAAAAAACUCUGUCCACAACAAUGGGAAGGACUCGGAGGAGGAGCGUGGAAAGGAGGGAUGCAGAGAGGUGGAUGAAGAAGAAGACGUUGAUGAGGUCAUGAAGGAAGAAGAAGAGGAGGAAGAAUCAGAGGAAUCAAGCUGUCAAGUUCGCUGCCAGUCUCCCGACACUCCAAUGACAGAUUCCUCCUACUCAGACUCAGCCAGUCUGUUGGAGACUCUGUAUCCAUUCAGCCCUGGGACCAGUCCAGAGCCUACAUCCCCUGUCACUCCAGUGGUCAGUCCAGAAACUGCAUGUCCCGCCAGUCAAGUGGAAAUAAGUCAGAUUGAUGUCAAAGUGGACUCUCACAACACUGACUUAGUUGCCUCAACAACCGGGUCCAAUACACAGGGAUCCACCUUCACAACGGGGCGUAUAGAUUCUACUACAAAAACGUCAUCUUCAGACACCAGCCCACCGGGGCCUACAUGUAUCACAGAAGCUGUAGACAGGAUAGCAAAAAAUACUAACUUCACUACAGGACAUCUUACCUCAUCCACAGAACCUGUCUUCACAUGCGCCAGAGGGUUUCCCUCAACAGCAGAGACAUUUACAGGACCUGCUUGCACCGAGAUGCUCAACACUUCCAUUGCUUCCUCUCCUAUGAGUGCAACAGCAGAAACCCUUACCUUCACCACAGGGCCUACGACUACUGAUACAGAAUCCACCACCGCCACAGGACCUAUAACCUCAAACUGGGAACACAUUACCUCCACUCCAGUGCCCACUUGUUUUACAGUCUCCACCUGCCCCGCAGGGCCUAUUCCAAGCCCUUCCCUGCUGGAGUCUCUGGAGGAGCUGGCACAAAGAGGAGAUGAUGCUCACCUUCCACAGAACCUUCACCAGAUUGCCGAGGCCUUUGUCCUUCACAAAGACUACCAGCGGGCAUUAUGGUGCAUCCAGCUAGAGAGACUCUAUCACCAGAGAGUAUUGGACAACCUGAAUGCACUACAAGAACAGUGGGGGAGUCAGUGUAGAAGUUCUUUCUCCGACCUGGCAACCCAACAUCUGGACUCUCUAAAAAACAUCUGCAAGACACACAGUCGACCAGGAGCGAGAGAUGCUGUGUGUGCGUCUCUGGACCUUUUGAGGCCUACAUUUGAAGAAGGACCUUUGUGUACAUCAGUCCAUCAGGUAGACGAAGGGAUGGAGCAGAGAUCUCAAGACCCUGCCCGUUAUCAGAGCAGCCAUCCAGUCACACCCUCCAUUAAUUUGACCGAUAGGCUUUAUUCCCCUGAGAUCUCAGAAAGGCACGGGGAAGACCCGCACAGGGAAGUAGAGGGCAGGGACUGUUUCCUUGGAGAUCAGCUGACUGACAAGCACGGCAGCAACAGAGAGGGAGGAGAGGCAGGAGGAGGGGUAGAAUACACUGCUUCAGUCGUAGGAAAUGGACUACACCCCUCUACAGCUGGAGAAAUGGAAGAGUCCAAGCCCGCAGAGCAGCAGGGAGGAGAUUUAGGUCCCACACAGGAAAAGGAGGCAAAAAGGGACGAAGAAGAGGGGGAGGUGGGGGAGGCAGCCGAGGCUUUGGAGAUGGAGGAUGAGGGAGAGGAGGAAGAGGAGGAGAGGCAGAAGAAAAAGGACUCUGCUCUAUGUCAGAAAGCUCUCCCAGUGGAGACUCUGGCCAGCGGGGCAGAUGUGGAGGACCAACAGCUCCACCAGGAAGCUCUAGCUGACGAGAAGCUACAUGAUGAGAUCCAGGAGAGCGCUGGAACCUGCCUGCACCAGGAGGCCAGCCUUCCUCAAGAGGCUCACAUGAAGCAGCAGGAGCAAGGUGAGGACGGGAGAGAGGAGGAGGAGGAGGAGGAAGAGGAGGAGGAGGAGGAGUACGACGACGAAGUAGAGCAAGUUGACAUCAUCAAAGAAGCUUCCUCACUGGACAACAUGGCUAAACUCAUCACUGUAGAGGAGUUGUCCCCUGCUUCCGGCCUUGUCUCCAUAUUAAAGAGGCGACCCAUUUGUGUGGACAACAUGAGUGUGUCUGCCAGCUCAGAGAGCCAGCCUGAGAAAAUCCCUGCCAAAAGACGGGUCCGCUUCAAAGUCCCUGAUGAUGGCUAUGAGCAGGAAGUCGGCGGUGGAGACUCCUGCCUGCUUCUCUUCCUGCUUUGUCUGGUUACUGUAGUGAUCAGUGUAGGUGGCACCGCCCUUUACUGUGCCCUGGGAGAUGCCCACUCCUCAGUCUGUCAGGACUUCUCCAGAAAUGCAGACUUCUACAUUGGCCAGAUACAGAGCGGGAUAACUCACAUCCAACACUGGUUUGCCCACGGGUCAUAGCAGCAUACAGUAUGUUAACAGUGUGGAGCCACCGGCCUUGCUGUUUAUCACUGUAGGCUCCAGCAGUCCCUGCUACUUCCUGGGACAAUGCUCCAUGAGGUAAUGGUGCCGGGCAGCUACUGCAAUCUCGCCGCUAUGUGGGGCAAGUGGCUAUUAUGCUGCCUAAUUGGCUAAACAGUUAUGAUUGGCAUUUGAAAGCCUGCUCUACUGCAUUUUUAAUGCUCUUUGAAUCCAAUCCCAGGGUUCACUGAGCUUAAAAGUCAUAGGUCACAUGUCCCUUUAGAAACCUAGUUUGAAAGGGAAAGGGAAGGUAAAGCAGAGGGAGAAAGAGCAUGACUGGACAAUGGAGACUAUAAAACAGCAGAGGAAGAAGUUACCUACACUCCUCUCAACCCUCUCCAGAUUAAAUAGGUUAUAAAUUCUCAAGCUAGGUUUAGAAAUUUACAACGUGACUCUUAAGUGUCCUGUUGAACUAGCUGAGAGCUGUCUCCACACAUGCGUUCACUGUCAGCCAGUGAUGUUCCUAAAGUCACUGGCAGAUUAAUCCACCGUGACUGGAUACAAGCUUUCACUGACUUCUCCGAGACUCAGCUCCACAAUUUAAGAAUAAUAAGAAAAGUAAUAUCAGCUGCAACCCACAGAGAUGUAAAAAAAAAAAAAAAAAAGAAUAUGUAUAAUGUAUAGUUUGUUAACUAGGCGGCACCGAGAUGCUCUCUACACACCUCACACAUGGUAAGCUGCCCAAUGGGGAUUUUACAAAUUGCUGCAACCACUAGUGUUGCUUUUAUUGUUGACUUUUUUAAAUCACAAAUGACAUUUUUAAAUGAAAAUACCAUUCUGUGGUCUACUACUUGGAAUGAAAUCAUUAUGUCUUAAUCAACUUUUGAAUGAAUGUUUGGAUUUUAAUGUUAAACUCUUCUUUGUGUCACUUGUGGGGCAUUUAUGUAUUAUCUAAAUUUAACAUGGGUCUCCUGUCGCUGCCCUUUUGUGAUUUACUUUUUGCAGUGAGCUGACAUGGCUGCCACUGGAGACUAAAAGUCCUUUAUGGGUUUCAGUGAGGUAGAUUUAGCUUUGUGUAGCAUAUGCAAAAUGUACAGAAACACAGUGCACCUCUGUAUAUAUUGUCAGAAGAAUGUUUAACAUGUUGCACAUAAGACUGGUACGUUUUUUUUAAAGAUAUUGCAAUAUUUCUACAGGAAUUGUUGGGUCGGUCCUGGACUAAAUGUAGGCUUUACAUGAUUUGAUCGAAAACAAAAAAUAUUCAUAUCCACAAACUGUUUUCAGGUUCAUCUUGAAAAGUUCAUGCCGAUGAACAUCAGUUAUGCACAGAUAACUUGGUAAAAAAAGAUACAUGAGAAUUAGUUUAUAAACCAAUCAUUAUUCAGUGUACUCUAGAUCAGUACGGGCCUUGUUGUUGAUGGGAUCAUUUGAAGCUCUGUCUGUCUGUGUGUUUGCUGUUCUUAGGGAUCAUGGGCAUCACCCUCAGUGUGUGAUUCUCAGUGUUUACCUUUUUUUUUUUU